AUGUUGGCACAAGUGACCAAACAACGCGACGGCAUCUGGGGUAUCGUGGUGGAGCGAGAAGGCUACAGUCACAACCACCGGGUCUCCGAAGGAAUAUACAGGUCUUAUCCAGGUAUUCGCAACGUUCCGGAUGAUCCGCCGUUGAUGCCAGGGAUUGAGCUCUUGGUUGAAGCCAAAGCCGGCACUGCAAGUGUCUACAACUACAUACGGGACAACCCCAACCAUCAAGUAACAAUGAAAGAAGUUCAUAACCUGCUGCAUCGGCUACGGAAUCAA